AUGGCGGGCCGGGGGAAGCUGAUCGCCGUCCUGGGCGACGAGGACACGGUGACCGGGUUUCUGCUGGGCGGCGUGGGCGAGCUGGACAAGCACCGGCGCCCGAACUUCCUCGUGGUGGAGAAGGAAACGGCGCUGGCCGAGAUCGAGGAGGCCUUUCGGGGCUUCCUGGGCCGCGAGGACAUCGGCAUCGUCCUCAUCAACCAGUUCAUCGCGGAGAUGAUCCGCCACGUCAUUGACGCGCACACCAAAUCGUUGCCCGCCGUGCUGGAGAUCCCGUCCAAGGAGCACCCCUACGACGCCUCCAAGGACUCCAUCCUACGCCGGGCCAAGGGCAUGUUCACCGCCGAAGACUUGCGGUAGGCGGCCCGGAGAGUCCACUCCCGACCCGGGCCGACAUCUACUACUUCACGGUGGUGACCUCUUCCUCUGCCUCUCCUCGUGUUGCCUUCCGGUCCUUCACCUUCCGCUCCUCGUCGUGCGGAGGAACGAGUCUGCGUUGGAGACUUCUCCUUCGGCCCUCUUGAGCGUCCAGGCUGCUGUUCCUCCCCUCCUGUUGACCUCAUUGGAGUCAGGAACCAUGGAAGAACCCUGGUUCUAAGCGCGGCUGGCUGGGGGAU